AUGAGUGACUUAUUCAACCUCCAAGUUCAACAGGCCCGUCUCUCCCGCCGUAACGGCCCCGAUCCUGGCUCCGCUCCGGCUCCCACUUUACCGGAGCUUUCCGCCAUUCAAGCCGCUGAAGCUAAGCUACCUCGUCCGGAUUCGGAGAACUAUCUCCAAGGUGUUCCACAAGAAGACGUUGUGCGACAUAUCACCCAGGACAUCGUUCCUGCUUGUAACGGUCAAGGCAGCUCUUCUCGAUACUAUGGCUUUGUCACAGGCGGUACCCUACCCAUCGCUGAAUGGGCAGACAAUGUAGUUACCCGCUUGGAUCAGAACGUCCAGGUUCAUCUGCCGACGCAGACGAUCGCUACGGCACUGGAAGAUUCGGCGCUGGAGAUGCUUGUUUCGCUGCUGAAACUAGGUGAUUGGAAGGGUCGAACUUUUACGACUGGAGCUACGAGCAGUAAUGUCCUAGGACUUGCCUGCGGUAGAGAAGCCAUCUUGGAAAAGCGAGGACAAAGUGUCGGUGAGGUUGGCUUGCUGGCAGCAUGUCUUGCAGCUGGUGUCAAGGAACUCCAGAUUCUCACGAGUGCAGGCCAUAGUUCCUUGUCCAAGGCCGCCAGCGUUGUUGGCUUCGGCCGAGGAUCUGUGAAGGAGCUGAGACUCAGCGACGCUGAGCCAUGGAGACUGGACCUCGAGGCUUUGGAGAGGGAGCUCCAGAAGAGUGACACAGCGAGUGUGAUUGCUUUGAGUGCUGGUGAAGUUAACACUGGUCGUUACGGCCUGACUGGCAUCGAAGAGAUGCGCAAAGUGAGAGAGUUGGCAGACAAGUAUGGAGCUUGGAUUCACGUCGACGGAGCUUUUGGCAUCUUUGCUCGUGUUCUCCCUGAAGAGGACGAUUACAAGACUCUCCACAAGCGUAUGGGGGGUAUUGAGUUGGCUGAUAGUAUCACUGUUGAUGGACAUAAGCUUCUCAAUGUGCCUUAUGACUGUGGCAUGUUCUUUACUCGAUCACCCGCCAUCCUUCAGUCCGUCUUCACUAAUCCCAACGCCGCAUACCUAUCAGGCGGCGCAUCCACCAUUCCCUCGCCUCUUAACAUCGGACUCGAAAACUCACGUCGGUUCCGCGCUCUGCCAGCAUAUUCCGUCCUUCUCGGUGAAGGUCGCCCCGGACUUGCAAAACUCUAUGUUAACAUGACCACUUUGUCCCGUCAAGUUGCCGCUUUCCUGCGAGACUCAGAGCACUAUGAUCUUCUCCCUGAUGAUGGCGCUGAUCUCGAUGAAGUUUUUAUGAUUGUUUUGUUCCGCGCCAAGGAUCCUAAGCUGAAUGAGGUUUUGGUGCAGAAGAUUAACGAGACGAGACAGAUGUAUGUGAGUGGAACGAGUUGGAAGGGCGAGAAGGCUGUGCGUGUGGCUAUAUCGAACUGGAUGGUUGAUGUGGAUAGAGACUUCAAGGUCAUCACUUCUAUCUUGACUCAUGUGGCUCAGGGGAAGGAGUUCAAUAUUGAGGAAUGUUGA